ACUUUGUUUCUUUACGUUGUCGUGCCAGUAGGUAUUACUUUUCGUAUUGUUUUUUAACUGCUGAGUAUUGAAAAUAAAAAAAAUAGAAAAAUUUGAGUGUACAUUAAAAAUCAAUUAAGGACAAAAUAAAGAUGCCUUGCUCAGCAGUUACUUUGUCUUUAGCUACGAUUUUAUCGAUUCUAGCAGUAGCUUUGCUAGCUAUUGGAUUUUCUACCGACAAUUGGAUAAGUUUCGAAGUUAAACGGAAUAAUAUUCAGGAUUUUGCAACGCGACAUCCUGAUGCACAAUCAUUAUUAGAAAAUAUCAACUCCAAAUACUACUUUUACACGAGAACUAGAGGUUUAUUCCGAAAUUGUUAUCCUAAAGAGAGACCACCAGCAUCUUCUGUGGAAAUAUAUUUAUCUCCUGUUGAGACACACUGUUCCAACAUAGAUUACUUUCCCACUUCCAUCGAAGGGGCCAACGUUAGUGAAGAAGAUGCCAUGACACGCUUACAUUUAGCGAGAUCUGUUAUUGCGUUAUUUAUUUUAAGUUUUAUUUCGGUGUUUUGUGCCUUUUGGACUGGAUUAUCUGGAUGUUGGAAACGUUCGACUGGAGCUAUUACUGCAACUUCGAUUCUACUAUUUUUAACUUGUCUACUUGCCUCGGGUGCAAUGGGGCUAUGGCAUACCGUAGAAUUUUUCGAAAAAGAAAAAGCUGUUGGAGAUGAAUAUUAUCAAGCUUGGGUAUCUGUUUUAAAAGAUAACACACGUAUCUCAUAUGACUGGUCAUAUAUCGUUGCUUGGGCUGGCGUUGCCUCUAGUCUUAUUGCAGCAAUUUUAUUAUCAGGUGCUGCUGUUUGUUUACGUAGUGAAAGAGAAAAGGAAGAGCAACUAAAUUUGCAAUACUUAAUGCCAGUUUAUCCUCAAAAACAAGCACCGUAUGCAUACCCGCAAUUUCCACAUCAAAUAUAUCCACAGCCAUAUUACCAUGGAUCUCAAUAUGGACCCUACAAUUAUUAAGCAAUUGUAGAUUUAUUAAACAAUAAUCGAACAUCGAAAAUAGCUAGAUAUUAUACAGAUGAAAUGAUUCAAUUUUAAUGAAUCUGUGAAAGAACUAGAAAGAAUAAUAAAGAUGUCAUUACGAAAACACUGUCA